CCAGUGACUAGUGGAUGAAGUGGUGCCCUGAGUUUAAGCACCUAUGAUUUAAAAAUAUAAUAAUUGCAAAUAUACUAAUAACAUUCAUUAAUUAUUUAUGGCAUAUUGUUCUGACCAUGGAAAAUAUGUCUGUUGUGCAGCAAAACUAUGUUCUGGAUAUGGACUUAGAAGAGAUGUGUCGUAUAUGUUUAUCUCAGACAGAUGUAAACAAACAACUGUUUAACAUCUUCUCGAGCACAAUAGUGGAUGGAUUUCUUGUGGCUGUCCCAGAUGUUAUCAUGUUUUGCGUCGAGCUACAGCUUUUUUCUAAUUCAUCGCAGAUUUUAGAGACAGAUGGCUUACCGAAUAAAAUUUGUGAGUGCUGCAGAGGUCAGUUAUUGAAGUUUUACAUUUUCAAACAAAAAUGUAAGCGAACCGAAGAAGUAUUACGCAAAGCGUUCCCGUCCGAAGGAAAAGAAAAUUCAUCUGUCCUGAGUAAGCAUAUUGGCGGUUCAUCGGAGGAAAUAGUGGAAAUGUUGGAUUCCGAACAACAGGAUGAGGAUGCUUCUGUUGAUGAAUGUGAUAUGCUACCCUUUGUUGAUAAGUACCAAUGUGAAUUAUGUGAUGAUGUGUAUAGCAGUGAGGAACGACUAAGGGAUCACUCAAAAAAACAUCUUGAUUUAAUUGAGGAAAAUGCCGAAUCUCCUGAAGAUAUCACAGAAUUUGUAAACCACGAAAAUGAUAAAGAUGCGAUCUCAGAUUUGAACAAUUUUACAUUGUCAGAAGAAAAAAACAACGUACAGGAUAACAACAUAAUAGAAGAUUUGAACUCAAAUGUUUGUGAUGAUCCAAUUGUGGUAGGAGCACCGAAUUUGACGGAAGAUGGACCCGUUGAACACGAGUCUAACACUUUGUCAAAUGAUUUGAUGUGUAAAAUCUGCAAAAAGACAUUCAAAAAACGUUCACUUCAUCUGAAACAUAUGAAAUCGCAUGAAUCUGGCUCGAAUUUAAUAGAAUUUUUCACGUAUCAUACGUGUGAAUUUUGUAGAAAGGUGUUUUUGAGCGAAAAAGAACUAUUGGAUCGUUGUAAAGCGAAUGGCCACAUAAAUGGUGUUGCUGUUGCAGAUCAACAUACGCCAUACAGCUGCGGCAAUUGUUCAUCUGAAUAUGAGGGAUUCGAUCACAUUCGGCAACAUUUACUCUCACAUAUGAGUGCAUUUCCAUGUCCUUUUGAUGGGUGUGGGAGCGAAUAUACAUCUUCAACAAGGCUCGAAACGCAUAUAUGUAACAAACAUAUAGAAUAUGAAUCUCACAAAUGUACAUACUGCGGAGUUGAUUCGCUUGGAUCAAUGAUUGAGCUGCAACAACAUCUUAGAGUGAAUUGUCCCGCCAAAAAAUUCCACUGCAAUCAUUGUGACAAAAAAUUUCUCACUUCAAGAUCAUUGGCACAGCAUCUUAGGUGUUUGGAGAAGAAGCAUAGUUGCGAAGAGUGCGGUAAGACGUUUGCUCAACAAGGCGAACUCAAGCUGCAUCUUCGAAUGCACAAUGGCGAACGGCCGUUCCAGUGUACAAUUUGUGGUAAGCGUUACAAAACGGCUUCACUCAGAACAGCUCAUAUGGAUUCUCAUAUUAACGGUAAGACGUUUCAGUGUCAAAUAUGUGGAAAAAAGUUGCAGUCCCGAACCUGUUAUCGAAACCACAUAAGACGACAUUCAGAAGAGAAACAGCAUGGAUGUGAUAUAUGCAAUAAGAAGUUUUAUACCAAAUAUAAUGUAAAAAUACACAAAGAGAAAGUACACAAAAUCAACCAAUAACGAUCGUAUUGUGUUCCGAAUAUAACAAUGUUUUACUAUUACAUCGAAGAUGUGACAGAAA